AUGGACCAGCCUCACGCGGUUCUAGUUGCUAGCCCUGGCUUGGGUCACCUCAUCCCUAUCCUCGAGCUUGGAAACUGUCUCUCCUCCGUCCUAAACGUCCAAGUCACAAUUCUUGCCGUCACCUCCGGCUCCUCUUCAUCGACAGAAACCGAAGCCAUACACAACCUCGUGGAGCCAGAUGCGACGGUGUUCACUAAAAUCAGGGUGAAGGUACGAGCCAUGAAGUCUGCGGUUCGAGAUGCCGUGGAAUCAAUGAAGCCAAAACCAACGGUCAUGAUCGUUGACUUUUUCGGUACGGGGUUGAUGUCCGUAGCCGAUGAUUUAGGCCUGACGGCUAAGUACGUGUACGUUCCUUCGCACGCCUGGUUCUUGGCAGUGAUGGUGUACUUGCCGGUGUGGGAUACGACAGUGGAAGGUGAGUAUGUUGAAAUUAAGGAGCCUUUGAAGAUACCGGGUUGUAAACCGAUGGGACGAAAGGAGCUGAUGGAACCGAUGUUAGACCAGUCGGACCAGCAAUAUAAAGAGUGUGUACGAGCUGUCUUAGAGGUACCUAUGAGCGAUGGCGUUUUGGUUAAUACAUGGAAGGACAGAGAAUUAGGGCUAAGGCUGAGGAGGUGA